AGGUACGCGGAAAUCGCGAUUUACGGAACCGAUUUUUAUGCUAAAAUUUUGGUUCUCGUUUUUUUCACUCUUUUUUAUGCAGCGUGAGGCAGACGUAGUUUUAAGUAGUUUCUUUUUAGAAACAUAUAUAGACAUAGAUACUUUUUGGAAAGAAGAAAAGUUAAUCUUGAUUUUUGAAAUACUUUUAUGUAUGGUUACUAAACUUUAUUAUGGAAUAUUUUGCUCCUGAAUAUUAGGUUGAUGUUCUCUCAUGAAUUUGUGGUCAAAGAAAUGUAGAGUCUGCUUUUUUUAUUAUUAAAAUAGCUUGUUUCAUGCAUUUUCUAUGCACAUGCCAAAUUUCAUCAAAAAAUAAGGAUAAGCAAUUAGUCUAAUUAGUGUUAUACCAAGUAUACCACUUUUUUCAGGUAGCCCUAGGCAAACGGUUUUUUGAGGUGGUUAUUUUUAGAAACAUAUAUUAACCUUGACGACUUUUGAAAGAAGAAAGAUUCGGCUUGAUUUAUAUAAACUUUUGUGUAUUGCUAACAUACCUUUUUAUGGAGUAUUUUGCUGAGAAUUUUGCAUGGAAAUUUGGCUGAUGUUGUAACAUAGAUUUGUAGUUGAAGAAAUGUAGAGUCUGUUUUUUUUAUUAUUAAAAUAGUUUUUUUCAUGCAUUUUCUAUGAACAUGCCAAAUUUCAUCAAAAAAUAAGGAUAAGCAAUUAGUCUAAUUAGUGUUGGACUUUAGGUACCUAAUUUCGAUUUUUUUGUUGUUGUUUUUUUUGGUAAGCAAAAUCCGGUAGGCGCCGAAAUCCGGAUAAGGGGGCGUUUUAACUAAAAAUCUUAUUUUGAAUAAGAUUUUUAAUAAUUGUGAUAUAUAUUAUUAGAUUUAAAAAAAUAUGGCAACAUAUAGCAAGAGUGUGUUAGAUGCCCUAACAGAAAAUCCUGCCCGGCUUUUUAAUGAUUUUUUGAGAUUUCUCGAAUCUACACAGCCCAUCACUGUUACAUCUUCAGCAUCUACUAUAACUAUUCCAUGUGUUCAACCUUCUGCUGUUGAAUCUACACAGCCUAUCACAGCUACAUUUACGUGUUCAACGAAUGUUCCUUCUACAUCUGCUAUUUAUGUUACAUCUUCUGCGCCUUCUAUGACUCUUCCAGGUGUUCAACCUUCUGCUGUUCGUAAAAAUUAUAUUUGCAUUAUUGAGGUUAAAAUAUCAGUUUCUUGUAAUCGUAACUUGUUUAAAGAAGGGUGGAUACUCCAACUUGCAUUUUGUAAUGUGGUUGGAUACGACUGGGCAGGAAGGGGGGCGUUUGGCGUGGCACAUGUCCCGUCCCUUAUGUCAACUUAUACACCACUUGUAUAUGCUGUAAACAUUUCACUACGAGGGUGUUAAAACGUAACAAAGACAUCAACACUUCAAUCUAAAAUAGACCACUAAUAUUUGGAAAUGGAUUGGAAGCAAAUUGGAACAAUUUUUUGUGUAUAAAGAUGACAUAUUUUAUCAGAAAAACACUCUUUCGUGUGAAAAA